UACUAGAGUUUGCUUAGUUGGUGCCCUCAAGUAAAAAUAGUUUUUGAAGAAAAUAAAACAAUUUAUUUUUAGUUAGGUUUUUAAGAUCUUUCGCAAAAUGGGAGGUAAUCUAAAGCGCAAGAUUAUGAAACGCAGGAUGACUGUGGCUGGAACUAGACCUUUGUCUAUUCCCGUCGCAGAGCCAAUAAAGAAGCUCGGUUUUUAUGAAAGUCUUGAUGGUUUCCUCGGACGUGAUGAAACUGAUGGAUUUCGCGGGAAAAACAAUAAAAAUGAUUGGAAUGGCAAUGUUUCUGGUGCAAACUUUGGCUUAAAUCGCAAAUCUGUAUCGCCUUGGGAGAGUCCCGUUUCAAACUUAUAUACUGGACGCAAUCCUUCACCACCUGGAAUUCUUCGUUCCAAAGAUCGCAAUAACUCCCAUGAGUUUUUUCAAAAAUAUUCAGGUCACCAGUUGAAACGACCCAUCUUGAAAGGCAGUUUAAAGAAACGGAGUCGAAAUGCCAGUGCUCUUGGCAACAUUUGCAAUGAUCAACCUGGAAUUGAUUCGGAUAUGGAAGACGAUGAGCAUAACUCCUUCAUAGUUGGUGGCUUCCAGUUCCCGUAUCCCACCAACGACUUUGGCAAUUCCUCCUUGUCGGAGUCCGCGUACGUCGAACGCUAUUUAAAGAGGGCUCCGGACUAUAUUAUUCGCAUUACGAAGACCAAGAAAGACCCUAUAAUACAGCACAUCUACUGCGACGGGAUGAGCGAUGAAAUCCAUGGCAAUGACAUAUCCGUGGUCCGUUUUCGGGACAAUCUUAGCAAGGAGUGGGACGAAAUAUAUAAGGGCCGUGAUUACCGUAACUGGAAAGGCUGGUGGGAGGAUUACCGCUAUGUCGAUAUCCAAAUUUGCAAACAGUUGGAAAAGUUCGAUUGCUUUAAUACAAAAUAUAACUUUAUGAUGCAAGAAAGCCCAUGCGAUGAACCCAAACUAAUCAAGAAAGCCACGAUGGCCCUGACCAAGAAUGGAAAGACUUUUUUGGAAAACAUGAAAGUUAUCCAUUGCCUCAUGGACCACACUCUCCUCGCUAGCCUGUCCAAGGAGUCAGCUAUUAAGCUGCAAAACAUCAUUCGGUCUGUUCCCAAUAACUUGUGGAUCUACAAGUUGAAAGCCAUGAUCUACGUAUGGUUCCGCUACAGUAUGUACAUGACGUCCCAGGACAUUUCGAAUAAGAACCUCCAGAUAGUUCUUAAGGAGUGGAAGAGUCCCGUCAUUCACUGGCUGGCCAAUCAGGCCUUCAAAGAGCUCCUGAAGAUCAGCAAGUCCGAGUAUCCAGAGUACAGUGAGGUGUUCGGAGCACCUCGCAAGGUUGGACAAAUUUAUUGUAAAGCCUGGGAUAUCGGUACACUUAUCCGAAUAUCCAGUCGAUAAAAUUUGCUUGUUAAAAUUAUUUAUAUACUUGUUUUCCACUUUUGUUUCCGAAGUUUCAAUGUAUCGAAAAUAACAAUAAUAAAAUGAGCAGUGAUAUCACCUCAGAUGCACGCCUUACAUCUUA